AUGGGGAAAGAUCUUAACUUCACUCAUAGAAUUGCCCAUAAAGCGUGUCUAGAUUUGAUGAACCAGUCUCAACACAUAGAGAGGGUAGUGAGCAAUUUCACUUCAGAACAAAUUGCAAAUAAUCGAGUACAAUUGAAGGCUUCAAUUGAUGUUGUUCAACAUCUUGCCUUGCAAGCUAUUGUUUUUAGAGGUCGAGAUGAAAGCUCUACUUCAACCAAUCGGGGAAACUUUCUUACAACAUUGGAUUUGAUGGUGGGCUAUAAUAAUAAUAUAGUUGAAAUAAUGGCAAAAGCUCCAAAAAAUGCCACCUACACAUCACCUCAGAUUCAAAAAGAAAUUCAACAUGUUAUUUCAACCAAAGUGAAGAAGGCAAUUAGGGAAGAAAUUGGUGAUGCAAAGUUUUGCAUAUUAGUUGAUGAAGCUUGUGAUGAGUCCAUGAAAGAGCAAUUGGCUAUGGUUUUAAGAUAUGUUGAUACAAAUGGCUUUGUGCGAGAACGAUUUUAUGGGAUUGUUCAUGUUGUUGACACUACAGCAGUAGCCCUUAAAAAGGAGAUAUAUUAUUUGUUCUCUAAUUAUUGCUUAGAUAUCCAAAACAUUCGGGGAGAUGAGAAAUGGGAUGACUUACUAGCUACUGUGAUAUCAUUUUGUAAGGAACGUGGUUUAGAUGUCCCUGAUGUGAAUGCUCGUUAUGUUGCAAGAUUUGGUCGAUCUCGUCAUCAACAAGAGGACUUCAGAAAUGAGCAUUAUUAUAAAGUAGAUAUUUUUAAUGCAGGAAUAGAUUUUCAAUUACAAGAACUAAAUCAUCGGUUUAGUGAGCAUGCCAUAGAGUUACUUACGCUUAGCUCAGCACUAAACCCUCGAGAGGCAUAUGAAUCUUUUUGA